AUGUCCACUCAAAACCCACCCUCAGCCCACUCGCCCGCCACUGCCAUCACGAAAACUGCGACAGCGGAGAAUCCAACACCGAAGACAACUCCAGCAACCGGGCCCACGCUGCAGAAAGUAAAUGCGACGAUAAAGGCUGCGAAGAAAAAAAAGAAAAAAGCAGCCGGCAGUCUUGCAUACGAGCCAGUCACUGAUGCCGAAGUGGAAACUCUCCUCGCAUGUUCAGCCACCCGGGGACAAGGCAAGAAAGCGCUUGCCGCAUUUAGGGAAAGCCGGUCAUCCGACGAUUUGUUUGCGACUCAACCAUACGUUGACCACAAGGACCCAUCGUAUGUGCGGCUCACACGAUACUUGACCUUCUUUUCUGGACGCGAAUCGAAAACGUCCACGUCAGGCCGAAAGACCUCAGGAUGGCCUAUUACCCGGGAAAAGUUUCUCCUCUGGGCUGCUCGCGACCCUUUUCGAGCAAGCGAUUCUAUCACUCUUUACCUUCAGACUAUCGAGGCCGCCCGCGCUGCAACCCACCACCUCCUCGCCCCCCUCUUCCCCGAGCUCUCGAACCAAUCCCUGCUACUCGACCCUUUGGUCCAGGUGGCGGUCACUUAUUUUGAGCCUAGUCUCCCCGCCCAGCCCAGUCCAGCUGGUCAAAGUAGCAAACCUGCUGCGAAAAAGCGCGCGGGUACGGGAGCUAAUGCCACCAACUUAGGAAGUCAACGGGGUACGGGAGCUAAUACCACCAACUUGGGAAGUCAACGUAGCUCCUCUACCAUCAAACAACACAGCUGGGUUACGAUGGCACAAGGCCCUUCGGCGUCAGCCUGCUCACUCCCUCCUAAGCCCAUCUUCCUUGCUGCUAAACCGUCCCAACAGACAGCACCAAUGACCUACAAUCCGUCGGCUUUCGAAAGACCCGCACUCUCUCAGAUCGUCUCCCCCGGGAACUUGCCCUGGAGGCGCGACCUUCAAAAGAAAUUCGUCUACACUCUUGAAAGUUCUGGCGCAGAAGCAAUUUUAUCCAAUGGCCAUCAGCUCCCCUUUGCGCCUCAGCUCCCCAACCCCGAAGAAAAGGAAGACAGUGGCGUGUUGGCUAAUCCGCGGAAGUCAGCCCGGAGCCUCUCUGAGAGCUCAGACGAUAUCCCGCUGACCCUCCUACCCGCCCCUCUUUCUUACCGCAAGAAAAUCAAAACUAGCCAUUGCGAUCUCCCCAUCAGCCCCCCCACUGUGGAUCUCACCUUGGAACCCGACGAACUUGUUGAGGAUGUCCCCGCGCCGCCAAUCUAUGAUCAAAUCCUUGUCUUUACUGAAACCCGUGUCCCUGCAGUUCGCCAACAAUUCCUCGAGGCUCUGCGGCGUGAUCAUCGAAAUAACUUGAGCACGGAAGAUGUGCUCGAAGGAUUAAAGGCGGAGAUAAACAGUUUGACAGGGCCCAAGGGAGAGUCAAGAAGCAUGGGAAGCGAGGAAGAUCUGACGGCGUGUCUGAAGACGUAUCUCGAUUAUUGGGCGAGCGAAGGGAUCGCAGGCUUUCCGAUGGGCGCGUUGAAGGUCUGUGUGUGGCUGGACUCAAUUGAGCCGACGGUGACGGCGCAGGAGACGCGAGACAUCUCUCGGAGCUUCGACGGCUUGUGUCGCAACAUCGCCGCGGCUUUCCCAGAGGACCAGCCCGCCAAGAUGUUCGCCUAUCCGUGCCCGAUCCUCGACGCCCCUCUCUGGCGGUCCUUCCUUGACUUCUACCAAUGGCCCGCUGACAUUCUUCCUUCGAACUUCAAUCCGGUGCCCACAGCGUCCAGAGACCCCUCUUGCUCAACUGUGGAAAACUCCCCCUCUUCCCAUCCCCAAUCUCCACCCUUCUUCCAUACCUGUCUUGACACUUCAAUCUCCCUCAAGAACUGCUUGCCAGACGCUCAUACCGGCCUACAUUUUGAUCCCAAACAUAUGAAGACUGGACUCUUUCCUCGCGAACAACUUGCAGAAGGACGUGAGGUUGAAUACACUCCAGGAAAUUACCGACAAUUUUGUUAUACACGUGAUUGGAUCGGCUCGGUUGAGCACCGAAAGGGCAUUCAAAACUUGCACCGUUUCCUACGACUUCUCGCUUAA